AAUCUGCCACUGCGUUCUUAGCGAAUAAGAGAGUGGCCGUUUUGUCUAUAUCACGGAGAGCUCGGGGUGGAAGGUUUAUUUCGGAGUUGUUGUUAGAACAGAUUUGAGCAUCAAGAUGAGUGGCAGAGGAAAAACCGGCGGAAAAGCUAGAGCUAAGGCCAAGACUCGUUCAUCCAGGGCUGGACUUCAGUUCCCCGUGGGACGUGUGCACAGGCUUCUGCGUAAAGGCAACUAUGCCGAGCGCGUCGGUGCCGGCGCUCCGGUCUACCUGGCAGCAGUGUUGGAGUAUCUGACCGCUGAGAUCCUGGAGUUGGCCGGUAACGCCGCCCGUGAUAACAAGAAGACCCGUAUCAUUCCCCGCCACUUGCAGCUCGCCGUGCGUAACGACGAGGAGCUGAACAAACUGCUUGGCGGAGUGACCAUCGCUCAAGGUGGUGUGCUGCCCAACAUUCAGGCUGUGCUUCUGCCUAAAAAGACCGAGAAGGCCGUCAAGACUAAGUAAACUCGUUCACUGCUG